AUGCUUCUAAUCGCUCCUAUCUACAAGGUUUUCCUCAAGACAUUUGCUCAAAGAUCAUUAAUCAUCAAAGAGAGGACUUGCACAUAUCAAUUCAAAGAAAAAGUGAAGCAACUUUACCAGAAAACAAUUACUAUUAAGUCUGCAAUUCUCUAUCCAAGGGUAAUGGGGAUCAUCCAUGAAUAUGGGGGUAAAAUCUAUUUGGAUGAGCACCAAUGGGCCGAGGCAGCUACAUAUUUCUUUGAAGUUGGGAAUCAGAGACAUAUCCAAUGCUUGAAGUACUUUGUUCUUGCCAACAUGUUGAUGAAGACCGAGAUGAAUCCAUUUGAUGGGCAGGAAGCUAAGCCAUACAAGAAUGUCCCUGAAAUAUUGACAAUAACAAAUCUGAUGGCAACCUAUCAACGAAAUGAAAUAUUGGAAUUCGGGAAAAUCUUGAAGAGUAACAGACGAACCAUCAUGGAUGAUCCAUUUAUCAGAAAUUACAUUGAGAAUUUACUAAUAGUCCAUAACUAA